AUGGAGCUGAGCCUGGAGAGCCUGGGGGGGCUGCACGGCGUGGCCCACGCGCAAGCCGGCGAGCUGCUGAGCCCGGGCCACGCGCGCUCCGCGGCGGCACCACACCGAAGCCUGGUGGCACCGGGUCGCCCGGGCCUGGUGGCGGGCAUGGCGAGCUUACUGGACGGCGGGGGCGGGGGCGGAGGCGCCGGGGGCGCGGGCGGCGCGGGCGGCGCGGGCGGCGGGGCUGACUUUCGCGGGGAGCUGGCGGGCCCGCUGCACCCGGCCAUGGGCAUGGCCUGCGAGGCGCCGGGCCUGGGUGGCACCUACACGACGCUCACGCCCCUGCAGCACCUGCCGCCACUCGCGGCCGUGGCUGACAAGUUCCAUCAGCACGCGGCAGCCGCAGCGGUGGCCGGGGCGCACGGUGGCCAUCCCCACGCGCACCCGCACCCCGCGGCCGCGCCGCCCCCGCCGCCCCCGCCGCAGCGCCUGGCGGCCAGCGUGAGCGGCAGCUUCACCCUCAUGCGCGACGAGCGCGCGGCGCUGGCCUCCGUGGGCCACCUUUACGGGCCCUACGGCAAGGAGCUGCCCGCCAUGGGGUCUCCACUAUCGCCACUGCCCAACGCGCUGCCGCCCGCGCUGCACAGCGCCCCGCAGCCGCCGCCGCCGCCGCCGCCGCCGCUGGCCGCCUACGGGGCGCCGAGCCACCUGGCGGGGGACAAGCUGCUGCCGCCCGCCGCCUUCGAGCCGCACGCCGCGCUGCUGGGGCGAGCGGAGGACGCGCUGGCCCGAGGGCUGCCGGGAGGAGGCAGCGGGGCCGGGGCCGGCGGGGCGGGCGCCGGGGGCGCCGCGGGCUUGCUGGCGCCGCUGGGCGGGCUGGCGGCGGCCGGGGCGCACGGGCCCCACUCGGGUGGCGGCGGCCCGGGCGGUGGUGGCGGCGGCCCAGGCGGCCCGGGAGCCGGUGGGGCAGCCGAGGAGAUCAACACCAAAGAGGUGGCGCAGCGCAUCACCGCGGAGCUGAAGCGCUACAGCAUCCCGCAGGCCAUCUUCGCGCAACGCAUCCUGUGCCGCUCGCAGGGCACGCUCUCCGACCUGCUGCGCAACCCCAAGCCGUGGAGCAAGCUCAAGUCGGGCCGGGAGACUUUCCGCAGGAUGUGGAAGUGGCUGCAAGAACCCGAGUUCCAGCGCAUGUCGGCGCUGCGCCUGGCAGCCUGCAAGCGCAAGGAGCAGGAGCAGCAGAAGGAGCGCGCGCUGCAGCCCAAGAAGCAGCGGCUAGUGUUCACGGACCUGCAGCGCCGCACGCUCAUCGCCAUCUUCAAGGAGAACAAGCGGCCGUCCAAGGAGAUGCAGGUCACCAUCUCCCAGCAGCUCGGCCUGGAGCUCAACACUGUCAGCAACUUCUUCAUGAAUGCCCGGCGCCGCUGCAUGAACCGCUGGGCUGAGGAGCCGGGCGCCACCCCCGGGGGCCCGGCCAGUGCCACCGCCACCUUCUCCAAGGCCUGA